AUGGCAGACCAUGGCAAAGAAGUCAUGCCCCCGUCCGCCGGGGCGGAAACUGCUCUUGGACGGGUUUCGUUAAUCAUCAGUAGAGUUGUCACCGUAGAGGCGGGGCAGUCAGCCGAGCAGUUCCGAACGGACGACGCUGUGAAAAUAGGCAGUAGCAGAAGACGUGCAAUCAUUGUCCUGAUUUUGCUUGCCAAUCUUCUCCAGUUUGUUUCCAUGUUUUCGACAGUGAUCGGAGGUUUCGACUUCAGUUCGAAGCUCGGCCAGGACAUCGGACCCGGUCAGGCAAACUGGAUGGCUGCUGCUUACUCCCUCACGCAGAGCACCUUCGUCCUCAUUAGUGGCCGGCUGGGAUCAGUGUACGGCCACCAGCGGCUACUCCUCCUGGGAGUGGUCAUCAUAGCGAUAUUCUCGCUCGUCAAUGCCUUCUGCACCACAUACACCUCCUUUGUCGCCAUGCGGGCCAUCACCGGUAUUGGGGGUGGCAUCUUGAUGCCGAACGCCGUUGCCACCUUGACUCUCAUGAUCCCGCCGGGCAAGGCGCGGAACUUCACCCUGGCUGUGUUUGCGGCAUCGCCGCCGCUGGGUGCCAUGACUGGCGCCCUGUUAGCCGGUGCUUUUCUUCAAUACUCCGCCUGGAAGUAUUUUUUCGUCCUGGUAGCGUGUCUGGGUGCUGUUACUGUCGCUGGUCUCGUCUUUGUGCUGCCCCGCGAAGAGCCCCAAGACAGGGGCGGCAAGAUUGAUUACGUCGGAAUAUUCCUAGGGCUCGCGGGGCUGCUCUUGUUCAAUAUUUCUUGGAACCAAUCGACCUCGCUCGGGUGGCAAUCGGCAUCCGUCAUCGCAAUGCUAGUGGUGUCCUUUGUCCUCCUCGUGGCCUUUUUCUUCUGGGAGAGUAGGUGGGCAGCAGAGCCCAUCAUGCCCCCCAGCCUAUUCAAGACAUCGAAUCUGAAAGCCCUUACUGUAGUUGUCCUUUCCAUCUACAUGUCGGUGGGAAUUCUGCUCUGGUACAUGGUAGCCUGGCAACAGCUCGUCCGCAAAUGGGACACGCUCCACGUCGCUCUCGGCUGGAUCCCGUACGGCGUCGGCGCAUCGAUCGCCGUCCUCCUGGCCGCCGCGCUGAUCCCCAUCAUGGAAGCCAAGUUCCUCCUCGCCAUGGGCUGCGUGGCUCUGAUCAUCGCCACCGUGCUGAUGGCAACCAUGCCCGCGCAGCAGAUCUACCGGGCCCAGGUGUUUCCGGCCACAUUCAUCAGCAGCUUCUGCGCCGACUUCGUAUACGUCGCGGCCCAGGUCAUUGUGAGCAACAGCGUCAGCAAGCGCGACCAAGGCCCGGCCGGCAGUCUGAUUGGCACCUUGAACCUGUACGGAAACAGCCUGGGUCUCGGCUUCGCCGGCACCAUCGAAGUGCAGGUCGUGAAGCACACGCUGAACGAAGUGACCGGGUUCCGUGCCGCCCUGUGGUUUGGUUUUGGCUUGGCAGUGCUGUCCCUUGUGCUGAGCCUGACCUUUGUAAAGAUCCCGAGGGAUAGACGUGAGGGUUGGGACGAGGACGUAGAGACCAUCUGA